UUUUGAACGUUGUUGGAGAAAGACGUAAAAGUUUACAUCCAAAGAGUUAAGUGAAAACAGAAAGGCACAAACAGAAAGAAAAGAACUGACUCACAAAAAAAAAUAAAAUAAAUAAAUGUGAAGAAAAGUUUUAAAGUUAAGAGAAACAGACUUGAUUAAAUAUUCAAAAGUCGUACAAUCAAAAAAGAAAAGAAGGAAGCUCGCCUAAUAUCGCUUGUUGGAAUUCAAAAGCACUAAUUAAAGACGUCAUACAUAGACACACACGACGAUCAAGUGAGUGAAUGUGCAGAAAGAAAAUUAAAUAGAAUUAAAGCUUGAGUGAGACAAAAAGAAAAUAAAUGAUUAAUUAGAAACGUCGAGGCAGUCACACAAGCAGUGUUUUGCUAUGUAAACAUAAGACGAGAAAAGUGACAAGAAUCAAAAGAAAUUAAAAAAGUGAUAAAAUAAUAAUAAAGAAAUCUCGUCACAUCACAAAAAGGUGUUAAAUUAUGAAAAUGAGAAACUUAAAGUGUGCAGUUCUUGCAAUUGCAAUAUUUUUACCGUUAUGUCUGUGCGAUAUCGAUGAGAGCUCAACAAUUAGUGAAUUGAAAUCGACAGAAAAUGAAAUAAGUGAUAAUGUGACGAUAUCGAAUGAUAAGCCGUUAAUAUCAACAGGCAACGAGUUGUGGGACGGCCUCAUUCGGGAUUGCCUUAAAAAGCCAACAUUUUCAUGCAUUCAAAAGAAUGUCUAUACAUUUUUGGAUGCGACAUUUGGAUUGAAAGAUGUUAAUAUAACUAAUCGAGUUCAAUUGACACAAAACAAAGUGAAUUAUGAGCUUCCGGAACCAACGCCAAGUGAUGAAGAAAAUGAAAUUUUCUUUGAGGGUCGAGGUGCAGCACCAAUUGAAGAGAUCUCAAGCGCUUUCUACGAUAAAAGCGUAAAAUUCUUAGUCACGCACGACAUGAACUUCAAACUCCCAGACAUGGUUUUUGAUGGUGCGACAUUCCGAAUCUCACCACGAGCAAUUGAGGGAAGUGGCAUUGUUGCAAAACUCGAAUAUAUUCCAAAUCCAGAGAUUACAGAAGUCGAAGCAAGAAGUGAAGACCUCGCGAGAUUAUUCAAAAAGAAGAUCAAGAAAUUUUUUAAGAAGAAAAUUGUACUGGCAGUGAUUGCAGUUAUUUUGAUUAUUAAGCUAAUUAAAAUUAAAGUCUUCUGGCUGCUUCCAUUACUGGUUGGUGUUGGAACCGCAAAGAAGCUUGUCUUGAAAUUCUUACUUUUCUUGUUCCCAGCAUUGUCUCAUGUGUUCAAAUUGUGUGGAUAUUAUCAAGCCAACUUGCAGAAGACAAACUAUCACCAUCAUAAACAUCAUAUCAAUCACCUUCAUACUGUGUUGUAUGACGAUGCUCAUACUGGACAUUCAGGACAUUCAGGACCUUCGGGACAUGAUGGACAUGAUUAUGUAAAGAGUUAUAUCAAGGCAAAACCACCAACUGGACAUGUCUCAGAAUACCUUCACAACGCACCAGUGCCACCUCAUUUAAGCUACUAUCAACCAGCUCAUCAACCAUCGCCCUCUGAUGACGAAUGGGCAUUGAGUGGACCCAGUUUGGGGUCGGAGUUUAUUAGUGAUAGAAGUUCGAAUGAAGUUAAUAGACCAAAAUUCGAUGGUGCACAUCAUAAGGGUCAUUAUCCACCACCUUCAUCUCAUAAUUUAAAUCCACUCACUCCAUACAAAAAUAGGCCGACUUACUAUAAAAGACGAACACAAACAUAUGGUCCACCACCAAGAGUAUCUGGAUCCGCAAUAGCGGCAUCGCAAAUUCAUCCACAAUACAUAAAUGCACCAGUUGAUGAGAAUUUGAUCAAGGCACAACGUCAAGAGGCACUGAGAAUACAAAAAGAGCAGCAAAUAAUUGCCAGGCAACAAUCAAUCUUGAAUUCACAGCCAUUUGUUUCUGAUGUUGAGCCAUUGACACCGAAACCAAUUGACCCGUUUUAUUCACCAAUUCUGAAUAAAUUGGAUCAAGUUUUCCACCAAAUGGGAUACAGUGAUGAGCCAUGUAAAGAAAGAAUGGUGUGUAACAUGUACAAAGAGCCGACAAAGUAUAGUCCAAAUAGUAAUUACGUUUCUGCUGAGUUAAGCAGAGACUCAACGGAGCUUCAACGACCGACAAGCACAAAUCCAGCAGUUUUUCGAUUCUACAAAUAUGUUCAAGCGGCACGUGAUGGCCAAGACCAGAGAGAUUGUGCUAUUAUGUAUCCAUGUAAUUUGCCAACAAAAAAGUAGUAAAUUAAUAAUUCAUUAAUGUCAGCUAGUGACAGGAUCUAUGACUAUGCAAUAAUUGCAUAUGACAAUAGACAUAAAAAAAUGCAAUUUUCUCUUUUUUGCAGUCAAUUAGUCAAAAAAGUUUAGAGAAAAAAAAAUUAAUUUAUUUUAUUGAUAAGUCAAACUUAAUUCAGGAAGCGGCAAAGCGUUGCUACUAUGUACUUUUUUUCAAAAAAAUUUAAUUUAUUUAUUUGUGUUGUAUUUUGUUUGAGAUAAGAGCCAGUGUUGUUGUUCUGUAUGUCUUGAAUUGUUGAUGACUUAGAUUUGACAUCAGCUGGGUCAGACAAAUUAAGAGCAUGCUCCUAUUAAUGAGUAUACUUACAUAUGAAUACUUCCAGUAACCAGAUUGUUAAAAAGGUUGUAUUAAGCAAGCUUAGGACUAGUUUUUAUGAUUUAAGCCUUG